AUGCACGGCGAGCCCGAGGUUGUUGAUCCUAUCGCGGAGCUCAUCACCAACUACAAUGAGCUCAACCCAGCGGCUGUCGAGGAGCUUUACGAGGAGCCGAGCCCGCUCGAGUUCAUGAGAUUUGUCACCCGGAACACGCCCUUCGUCGUCCGGGGUGCAGCUGCCGACUGGGAAGCGACGCGGAAAUGGAACGUCGGCUUUAUAAAAGACAGCCUGCGUGGCGAGACGGUCAACGUUGCUGUCACUCCUCAAGGCAACGCCGACUCUCCCACCCGACAUAACGACGGGACCUUGGUCUUUGCCAAGCCGUGGGAAGAGCAGCAGCCCAUCGACAAGUUUCUCGACUAUGUGAUUGCGCAAGAGAGGGCAGCCCUUGCGAAGCCCGCGGGCGAAGUGCGAUAUGCCCAGACCCAAAACGACAACCUCCGCCACGAAUACGCCACGCUCUUCAAGGACGUGCAGCGCGACGUCCCCUUUGCGCGCAUCGCGCUCGGCGCCGCGUCCGGCCCCGACGCCAUCAACCUGUGGAUCGGCAACUCACGGUCCGUGACGGCGCUGCACCGGGACAACUACGAGAACCUGUACGUGCAGGUGGCGGGGCGGAAGCGCUUCGUACUCUUACCGCCACACUGCCAACCGUGCGUCAACGAGCAACUGCUGCCGCCGGCCGACUACGUGCGGUCGUCUUCGUCUUCCUCCAUGACACAAACAACAACAGCAGACCGGUACCCGAGUCUGCUAGGCCUAGAGCUGGUGAAACCCGAGGAGGCAGAGGAGGCAGUGCCGUUCCCCACCUGGGACCCGGACCUGCCAGACCAAAACUCGACCGCUUAUUCUGGGUUGGCAGAGCCGCUCCGCGUGACAUUAGAACCCGGAGACAUGCUCUACCUGCCAUGCAUGUGGUACCACAAAGUGUCUCAGUCGUGCUCCGCCGAGGGGAUAUGUGUGGCUGUGAAUUACUGGUACGACAUGGACUUCAGGGGCCCGCUUUACCCACUCAGCAUGUUUAUACGGUCAGUCAACAGCCAAAAGCGAUGUGGUAGACAGAAUCCCGGACACGGAAUCUAGCGCCCCGUCUUUCAUAUCUACUCCUAUCACCGGGUAUAGGUAGGGCUGCCAGAAAAUGACAUCAAGUAUGGCUCCUAGAUAAACAUAUGCCACCAAGCCCGCCUGCUCGUAGACGUCUACCUCUUUUUCUUGUUGGCGACUCUCUUCAGCGCGCGCAUCUCUUUCUUCAUCCGCGGGUCCAC